GCUGCGCGUUAGGAAGAAUCCGACAUGGCGGCCGCGAAGUAGAGCCGGUAGUUGCGCGAGGUGCGAGUCAUUCCGAUGUUUAGCAGAACAUUUCGACGAUUCAUCAGAAAGUGGCCAGGGGAGCGGUACUUGGGCGACUUUCGAUUUCUGCCACUGUUUUUCGUGUUUGGGGCAUUGCUGGAAUUCUCUAUGAUCAAUUGGCGCGUGGGCGAGGUUAACUUCUACAGAGUGUACAAACGUCGGAAGAUAGAAGAGCUUGUGAACGAAAAAUUACACAAGACCACAUCAUCGGUCGAUUCUGAGGCCUGAAGCUGCCCUCUGUACUCUGUCUACAUCGCGCAAUGCCU